AUGGAUUCAGAAUUACUAAAUUUGGACAAUUUAUCAGAAGAAGAAAAAUUGACGAUUUUAAAAGUGAUUAAGAGAGAUGAAGAUCUUAGAUGGGCUAAAAAUCAACAAGUUAAUCAUCUGAAAAAUGAUAUCCAUAACAUUCGAGUGAAGAGUAUACUACAUGACGGAGAUGAUCUCACUAAAAUCUGUGCUCGUUGUCAUGAACCUUUUGGAUUCUUCUUUAACACUGGAGAGACAUGUCAACAAUGUAGGUUUAAAGUGUGUAAAAAAUGUCGAGAAAUCAACCUCUCUGGUGCCUGGUCGUGCACUCUCUGUUUUAAACAAAACCAACUAAAACUGUUGCGGGGAGAUUGGGUGAAAAAGGUUGGAUCAAAGAAAAAGGGCAAAUUUGAACAUGGUGGAGAUAUUGUGAAAGCCUCAAUAAGAAGGAGUCUCAGUGAGGCUGGUAAAAAACUUCAAAAUAAACCUGCAGGUUUGUAA